AUGACCUUCUUUAGUAUUACUAUCUUUUUAUUUAUAUUACUUCUCAACAAGAAUCUUGCUGUUAAUAUCGAGAAUUAUACAGAUUAUAUUGAAGAACUUAGUCAUAAUGAAAAAUUUCUUGAAGAAUAUACGAAAUGGUCAUUAAAACUUUUUUCUCAAUCGGAUUAUCUCUAUGGGAAUUUUCAUGAGCAAUUUCCAUGUUCUAUUGAAAACUCUUCUAAUAAGUAUAAUAUUCUUACAUCGGUACAUAUGCUUCGACCAAGUGAUAUAAAAUGUGUUGGCGCUAUGGGUGAUAGUUUUACAACUGGUUUAAGUGCGCAUGCUAUUACUCCCAUUGAUUUAUUAUCCGAAUAUCGAGGUAUAUCUUGGUCUAUUGGAGGAGAUUACACAUAUUCAAAAUUUUUAUCUAUACCUAACAUUUUAUUAGAAUAUAAUUCGAAAUUAAAAGGUUUUUCUACUAAAUUAUCUAUUAUAUCUUCUGAUAAUCAAACUAUUACAAACAAUCAACUUAAUGUUGCUAAAUCGAGCGAUCAUUCAGUCGAUCUUCUUUAUCAAGCAGAACUUCUAAUUGAUCGAAUAAAGAAUGAAAACGUAUGUGAUUGGAAUAAUGAUUGGAAAAUGAUUACAAUUUUUAUUGGUACAAAUGACUUGUGCAAUUUUUGUACAGACUCAAGUUUAACUAAAUAUACACCAGAACAAUAUAUGUUCAAUGUUCGUGAAGCAUUAGAUAAAUUAUAUCAAGCUCCGAUACCACGUACACUUGUUAAUCUCGUUCUUCCUUUUGAUAUACGUCAUGCUAAAGAACUCUAUAAUGGUAAUUAUGCAUGUCAAAUACUUUAUAAUAAAACAUGUCCAUGUGCUGCUUUUCCAACAACUGAACAAGCAAAUAUAUUGGAUGAUUAUAUUCCGAAAUAUCAACAGGCACUUUUAGACUUAAUUAAUACUGGACGAUAUGAUCAACGUGAUGAUUUUACUGUUGUUAUACAACCAUUUAUGGCUGAAACAAAAUUACCGGAGAAUGAUGAUAACGAAACUGAUUUUAGCUAUUUUGCACCAGAUUGUUUUCAUUUUAGUGGUAAAGGUCAUGCCCAAGUUGCACUUUCACUUUGGAAUAAUAUGUUUGAACCUGUUGGUAAUAAACAAUCGUCAUGGUAUAUGAUGAAUGAAUCAUUAAAAUGUCCAACAAAAGAACAUCCAUAUAUUUAUACAUCAAAAAAUUCAAUGAAAAUAUUAAAUGAAUCUAAAAAUACAACUAAAAUUCAGACAACUACUCCUGUAUCUACAUUAAAUAUUCGCAAUACUAGUACUGAUAAUCUGACAGCAUCUCAUCAUCAUCAUCAGAACCAUAAAAAAUCUAAAAUGAAUUUAUCGUGGAAUAGAAUAAAAUUUAUUGCAAUUAUUACUGGCUUAUUUAUUAUUAUUGUUGUACUUAUAUUAGGCUUUAAUAAACGAAUAAGAGCUGGUGUAUUUAAACAAGAAACUGGACGUUAUCAUAUUUUUCAUGAUAUCAACGAUGAUGAUGAAGUCGAAGUUUUUAGUAGACCUAAUAUAAAAUCAAAUUUUUUUGAUGAUAAUCAAAUUACUACAACACAUGGUGCACGUGUUUCAUUGAAAUAA